GCCUCUCGAUGGACGGGCUCCAGGCGCGCAACCGCGGACGGGCGAGGCCAGUGGCGAUGCAGCCUGCUCUGCGGGGUUGGCGGGCUCUGCCCCGAGCGGCGUUUUUCCUCUCGCUCCUGUGCACGGUGUGCGGCCAGGAGCCCGAGUGCCGGCUGCCGUGCCAGUGCCCCCCCGACCCGCCCCUCUGCGCCCCCGGGGUGCCCGCGGUGCUGGACGGCUGCGCCUGUUGCCUGGUCUGCGCCCGGCAGCGCGGGGAGAGCUGCUCGGGGCGUCUGCCCUGCCAGGAGAGCCGGGGCCUCUAUUGCGAUCGCAGUGCAGGGACGACGGCCGAUCUGGGCAUCUGCAUGGACCUUGAUGGAGACAACUGUGUGUUCGACGGAAUGAUUUACCGGACAGGUGAGACGUUCCAGCCAAGCUGUAAAUACCAUUGUACGUGCAGAGAUGGACAGAUAGGCUGCGUGCCACGCUGCAACCUGGACCUCCUGCUCCCAGGCCCGGAAUGCCCCUUCCCUAGGAAAAUCGAAAUCCCCACAGAGUGCUGUGAGCAGUGGGCUUGCGACACUAAAGAAGAUGUGGACUUGGGAGAUUUGGCGGUGCCAGCAUACAGGCCGGAAGCCACUCCGGGCAACAGUGGGUUUGAUUCGGGCACCAACUGCAUCGAGCAGACAACGGAGUGGAGUGCCUGCUCCACAACUUGCGGGAUGGGCGUCUCCACUCGUGUCACCAACAAAAACCCGGCGUGCGAGAUGGUAAAGCAGACCAGGCUCUGUGAGGUGCGGCCCUGUGAAAACAGCCUGCUUCCAGAUAAGAAGGGCAAGAAGUGCAUCCGAACCAGGAAGUCCCUAACAGCCGUUCGCCUGGAGUACAAGAACUGCACCAGCGUCCAGAUGUACAAGCCCCGUUACUGUGGGGUCUGCAAUGACGGGCGAUGUUGCACUCCUCACAGCACCAAAACCAUCCAUGUUGAGUUCCGUUGUCCCCACGGAGGCACCAUCAAGCAUCCCGUAAUGUCGAUCUCUACCUGUGUUUGUCACGGCAGCUGUUCUCAGAAUUAUAACUCUUUCUUCAGGCAGCUUCACUGAAGAGGGCCGAAUAAAAACAGGACUUGAAAAUUACUUUCGUGGGAGUGGCUGGGGAGAUAUUUAAAUAAAGAAACUUAAGUUUUAUAUAACGUAAGUGUUGGAGGGACACCCAAUGGGUAAUGUAUCUCCCGUUUCCUUGUAAUUAUCUAUUUUAUUUUAAUGGAGUGGUGAAGGCCCAGUUGUGCCUCUGGAAAUGACCCAGUUCAGAGUCUGUGGAGUUCCUUGAAAUCAUUUCUUAUGCAUGUAGAGGCAUCUUUCUGUGUAAAGUUAUUUUCCAUGGGUGGGAUCAUGAGGAGAACAUAGCCACUCAAUGAGGGUUUUGACGUCUAAGAAAUUCCUAGAAACUGCAGGUACUAAAUUUUCCUGCUCGUUCAUGCACUAGCUCGUCCCUAGCCAGAUUUCUACAUUCUUUUCCCCAGAACAAAUUAUUUUUUUAAUACCACAGGCAUGCUGUUUCUUUUUCUAAGGCCUUAUCGUUACCCCUCUUUAACUACAGAGAGAAGUUAUACAUAACCUGGGGGGUGGGGGGGAUGACAGGGCUGUCCUGUUGAGUUUUAUAUAAAGCCCAGUUAGGUAGUCUGCCUCAGGAUUUGGUUCUUCAUAGUAAGAACAUGAACGUAGCUCCCAGAAAGGGUGAAACUCAUAGUGUGUUGGUGCUAAGAACCCUUAACCACCCCCACCACCCCAAAUUUCCUUCUCUAGGCAGCAGCUGUUACCCA